AUGUCUCUGAGCAUAAAAGAAGAUCUUCAACAGUACGGAAUCACAGGAUUAAAUCUUGUCAAAGGUGCUGGAGUAUUUAUAGCUCUUAACGCUUCUUAUACUCUUUUGCUCUUUGGUGCUUGCUACUAUUUCAGAUCAGCUGCAGCCAUAUCAAGGAUUCUUCGCACCAAUAAAAUCAGUGAACUAAUGAAAGCAAAAAACUAUGAUGGAAAUUGGUGAAAGCAAAGCGUGUUUGGAAAGCUAGCAAACCAAGAGAGAGGUCAAAAGCUGGGGAUUGCUUUUGGAGAAAUGGUAGGCACUCAUAUGCUACUUGAACCUGCAAUGCUCCCUGUAAGACUAUUGAUGACAGUAGGGAUUGUUAGCUAUUGGAAUAGAUGCUCUAGAAAAGCAAUUUCAGAAGCAGGAAGAAGGCCUAGAAAGGUUUAA